CAAGUCGCUGAGAUGUCAACAUGGCGGAGGAAAAUAUGACAUCCGCCGUUAGUUCAGAAACAAGUGGGAAAAUAUUUGAAGAUGUGUUUGUCAAUGGGUGUACGGAUAUCAUGGACGAUAGUGUUAAAGAAUCGGAUGAUGUUCAGACGCCAACCGAGGAAAACCAUUCAAAUGAACCCAUCAUGCCACGAAAAAGUAGCUUCAUGUGCAAAGAUGGGAGCAGAAAACCACCUCGAAAAAAGACCGUAUCAUUCAGCAGCAUGCCUACAGAGCGGAAAAUUGCAACAGCUCAAGACUGUCUUCAAUGUAUGCAGAGCGGCAGCGAAUUAAUAAAAGUCCGGUCCAACAGUCGUCAAUACCAUCGUAUAUUUACACUCAACCCAGACAUGACAGAAAUCCGUUGGCAGCCGACAUCCAAAAAACCCCACAAAGCCCGAAUAUCCAUUGCUUCCAUAAAAGAAGUCAGAGGUGGAAAAACCACAGAGGCCCUGAAGAAUAAGGAAAUAGCAGGGAUUUAUCAAGAUGAGUGUGCUUUCUCUAUCAUCUUUGGUGAGGACUUUGAAUCCAUGGAUCUCAUUGCUAAUACUCCAGAUGAAGCCAAUAUAUGGAUUACUGGACUCACAUGUCUCAUCAACACAAGUGCCAAAACCGGAACACCCCCUGAAGCCAUUGAAGAAAUGCAACAAAUGAGAGAUUCAUGGCUACAGGAAAUGUUUGAAACUGAGGCUAGCCAAUCAGCAGGGACUCUGGACGAAAAGGGUGUGGUCAAUUUAGUCGCCAAACUCAAUAGCAAUAUUGCCACAGCUAGAGUCCAACAAAAAGUCAAGGAAAUUGAAUUAAACAGAGUUGAGUCUGCUGAAAGAGGGAGGUUGAACAGUGAAGAAUUUAUUAGCCUUUUUAAGGAUGUUUCAACUCGACAUGAAAUUUACUUUCUAUUAGUACGGUAUGCCAGCAAUACAGACUACCUCACCACAGAUGACCUACUUCUAUUUUUAGAAGCAGAGCAAGGAAUGCAAAGAGUGACGAAAGACAAAUGUAUUGAUAUAAUCAAUAGGUUUGAACCCUCAAAAGACGGGAGAAAGAAAGGGCAGUUAGGAAUAGAUGGAUUCACAGAUUAUUUGCUGUCUGAGGAAUGUGAUAUAUUUGAUCCUGACCAGAACAAAAUUUGUGAGGACAUGAACCAACCUUUGAGUCAUUACUUAAUUGCCAGCUCGCACAAUACGUAUCUUAUGAAAGACCAGUUGCAAGGUCCGUCUAGUGUUGAGGCUUAUAUACGUGCCCUUACGAAAGGAUGUCGCUGUGUGGAACUGGAUUGCUGGGAUGGACCAAACGAUGACCCCAUUAUUUACCACGGACAUACCUUCACCUCAAAGAUACAGUUCAAGGCCGUUAUUGAAGCCAUUAACACUUAUGCAUUUGAAACCUCUGAGUAUCCUGUGAUAUUGUCAAUAGAAAACCAUUGUAACAUCAAACAGCAGCAGGCGAUGGCUGAAUACAUGACCUCAAUAUUUGGAGAUAAGUUGUGUAGUGAGAGUGUCCCUGAGAACGAGACUUGUCUUCCUUCACCAGACUCUCUCAAAGGAAAAAUACUUAUCAAGGGUAAGAAGUUGCCUCCUGACUCAGAGGACGGGUAUGUUACAGAUGAGGAUGAAGGGGCGGAGUCAGACAAGAAGAAAAAUAACAAAACCAAGGAUCACCCAGUGAAGAAGCACAAACUGGCUAAAGAGUUGUCUGACUUGGUGAAUUAUUGUGUGUCCACUAGAUUCCAUGACUUCCAACUAUCCCAAACAAGUCAGAAAUACUAUGAGAUGUGUUCAUUCAGUGAAUCCACUGCCAUCAAACUGGCCAUGAGUUGUCCUGAGGAGUUUGUAAACCACAAUAAGAAGUUCCUGUCACGUAUUUAUCCCAAUGGAAUGAGGGUGGACUCCAGUAACUAUAACCCACAGGACCUCUGGAAUUGUGGGUGUCAGAUGGUGGCCUUGAAUUAUCAAACCCAUGGUUUAAUGAUGGAUCUAUACCAUGGAUUCUUUCGACGUAAUGCUAACUGUGGGUAUAUUCUAAAGCCAGCAAUUAUGAGGGAGGAGAUUGCGUACUUCAGCGCCAACACAAAAGACGUCAUUCCAGGGGUGUCACCUCAAAUAUUGCACAUAAAGGUUAUCAGUGGACAGCAUUUUCCGAAACCCAAAGGUUCUGGUGCCCGCGGCGAUGUCACAGACCCAUAUGUUACCAUAGAGAUUUUCGGCAUCCCUGCUGACUGUGCAGAAGAGAGGACCAAAACUGUGCCCCAUAAUGGAUAUAGUCCCAUAUUUGAUGAGAGUUUUGAGUUCCAGAUUAACCUUCCUGAGCUGGCUUUGGUUCGGUUCGCUGUCUUGGAUGACGAUUAUAUCGGUGAUGAGUUCAUUGGACAGUACACCAUUCCUUUUGAAUGCAUGCAGACAGGAUACAGACAUAUUCGUUUAUGCUCCAAUACAGGAGAGGAGAUUCCUAACUGCACCUUGUUCAUUCAUGUGGCAAUCACAAACAAACGAGGAGGAGGGAAGGCACACAAGCGUGGAAUGUCGGUGAAGAAGAAAACCAAACGUGAUUACACCAGUAUGAAGUCAGUGGGAGUGAAAAGCAUUGAUGAAACAUUCAAGGUUGCUAUUCAACCACUGCGAGAUGGCACAGACCUCAGGGAUAAUGUACAGAUAACUCUAGCUGACUUCAAAGAAACUUGUGGGUUAUCUCCUAUUGCCAACAUCAAACAGUGCUUCCGUUUAAUGGGUACCAGGCUAUCCAACUCCACUGAGCAGGCUAAUCUGACCCUCGUUAUGAGAGGGGAGUAUCCAAGCCUAGAAGCUCAAGGCAAUCUGCCAGAUAUUUUGAAGAAAGCCCUCCUCUCCUUUGAUGAGUUGGUGGCAGAAAUUAAGAAUUUACUUGAAAAUGCAGACACAGUUUAUGAAAGGUUACUGCAUUGCAAGCGAGCUGGGAUGGAGUGGCAUGAAGAUUUGGAGAAUAUUUGCCAGCAGUCAGGCCUGAAGGGCAAAAAGUUAUCAAAGGCCAUGGAGAAUUUCUCCUGGAAUAUAAGGGUAUUAAAAGGACAAGCAGAUUUAAUCAACCAAGCCAAAAAAGAAAGCCAAGAAUAUCUCAGACAAAUCACAGAAGCAGCACAAUCAAUGGGGCUUGGGAAAUUCAACGACAGCCAAUCAGAUAUACCAGAUGUCCUGGACAGUCCAUUAUGAUGUAGAGUCCGUCACCAAAAAGCUGUGGUCUCAACAGGUGCCACUCUCAAGGAAUGCAUAUGUCAUUGAACCACCAAGCAGUUCUGAAACAACCUGGGAAAUCAAGCGUUUACACCAAUGUCAGAAAUUAUACAUAAUACAUGUACCAUAAUAUCUAUUGAUUUGAUAUUGCUGCCAAAAACAAUGUACAAAAAAAGGUAGUGUGUUGCUGGCCAACAUACCAAAAUGUCAGAAUCUCAUGUGAUAGUAUAGAGUCUGUGUAUUCCUAUUCAGACUGCAUUUCUUCUUGUUCCCUAGUCGUCCCCCCUUACUUACCAUGCCAAAUGCUUAUAUACUAGAUAAGUAUAGUGUAUUUAUAGUGUCCGAAUACUUUUUGGGGUGUCCAAUAUUUCAUUGGUAUUGUUUGAUUAUAAAAUUCUUGUUGAUAUAUAUAUAUAUAUAUAAAAUUACUCAUGAACACAAUAUUAUUGUAUACUCUGAAGACAGGAGGGAAGGAUUUCUUUGUUAAUAUUAUCAGACUCUUCUUGUGUUCCUCUGUGAUCUAGUCUAACUCUUGCCAGGUCUUAUGAAUGUACAGCUGUGAUUCAUUCUAAUUCAGAUGAGAUUGUGGUGUUGAAGGUUUCUAACAGUGUCCCAUUCAAUAACACAUCAGGAGUCACUCUGAAUUCAUUGUUCAUACAAUUUUAUUUUUUUAAAAAAAUCAAAUUUCAAGAAAAUUCAGUUAUUUUCCUCCAAAACCCAUUGCAGCUUUCUUGCAUAUUUUAACUUGCCAAUCAAACUGAAAGAUAGUAAUUAUUUUCCAACCAAACCAAUUAAGGGUAUCUUCAUAGAAUUUAUUGAUGCAGUUGUAAUUCAAAAGAUUUACUUGAAUGUGAUCUCCAAAACCCCAAUGACUUUUUCUCUGUUUUAUAGCCUAUAUGUUUUAAUGACUACAUUGAUCAUCUUCUUAUGUUUCAUUGAUACUUACUUGAUAAGUCUCAGAUUUCAGGACAAAAAUCUGGAAAUAAGGUAAACUUAGUACAUAUGUUGCAGUUUCUUAACAAAUGCUUGGAACCUUUCCGGUGUUUAAUGGACAGAUUUGUUUCUCAUACCAUUGCAUCAUACCUGAUAAUAAAACAUGAGCAACAUGUAAUUCCUUCAUCCAUGUCAAUAAACGAGUUAACAGGAGAUCCAGUUAGAUGUGCCUAUUAUUAGAUCUUGUGACAUUAAGAAAUUCUACUCCAUGCUGUGUGAUACAAAUUUUUAUAUAUCACUCUCAUUACUGUCUCUCUAAUAAUUUUUCACUCAAGAGCAAUUUUUGUAUUAUACAUGUAUUAUUUAGGUAACUAAUUAAACAAGUGUUAGAUGUGGUGUAAAUUGUGCAGGUGGUGAAUGUUAUUUGGUAUAUACAGUACAUGUAACAGUGAUAUUAUGAAAAUUGUUGGAAGCGUGUGACUUAACUUUCAGAAGAAUUCAUACUGCAUAUACCCUUGCAUCUACAGGUCUACAUGAAGUGAUUUUCAUAAUUUACAAUAUACUAGACAUUUCAGGAGUAAGUUAUAAACAACAGUCAAAAGUAUAGAAGCUUGGUUGAAGUUCUCAUUUUUUUCCCCAGAAAUUUUACUUUAAGAGCUGUAAAUUACAUUUUAUAUUAUUAAGAGCUUGACAUUUAUCCAAGAUUCCAGGCCUUUGGUUUUAAUUUUCUCUGCUUUAUAGUAACAAAGGCCACAUAAGUCACUCAGGUGACUUCUUUUAACUGUGUUCAUCAGUUACCAUCUGUCAUAAUUUUUUUUUUUCAUUUUCCAACUCCUUUCUAGAACCAUUUCACAAUGCAGUGUCAAUUACUUUCAAAUACAGUGUAGAAUUCAUCCAUUUAUUAUUGAUGGAAUAAGUGUAUUUUAUUGUUUUGUUUUUUUUCCUCUCAUGUUUCCAAUCCUCAAAAUGAUGAGUAAAUUACUGAAGUUGAUAGAAUUUUGUAUUUAGAAAAUUUAAAUGCUAAACACAAAGAGAUUUGGAGGAAAAUAAUUGAUAUAUGUUUGUUUUGGUUGUCAUCAUCUGUCUCUUGUUUGAGAAUCAGUAUCUUUGUUUCCUGUGCAAAAUAACAUCACAUGCAAUAUUAAAUAAAUGACCUUUUAUAAUGGGCAAAGUUAGUAGAAAAGUAGUUCAAAACCAUGUUUUAUUUAUCAGAUUUAAAAAAUGUUAGAUCAUUUUUAGCUCUACUGGUUGAAGAACAGAAGAGCUUAUGUGAUAGUAAGGUGUCUGUUGUCUGUAUGUAUGUGUGUCCAUCUGUAAACAAUUUUUCAAAACCCUAUUCCUCCUACAGUUUUGCUCAGAUUUCAAUAUAACUUGGCACACAAGUAGACUACACUGAGAUACAUAAUUCCAUAUAUCCGUUUCCAUGAAUGGUGUUUCCAUGGUUACUAAAAAUAGAAAUUUCUGUGAAAUACUUUCAAAAUGCUACUCUUCCUACAGUUUUGGUCUGAUUGUAAUAUAACUUGGCGCACAAGUAGUGAUUGCAAUAAAUCUUGCCACAAAAAGGAACUUAAAGAAUCAUUAUUAUUGCUGUUGCAAAGUUUCAAGUCCAAGUGCUACUUUUCUCUUUUCCUUUGUUUUAAGUACAAACCAGUAGAGUACAGAGCUACAGUCUCAUCAGAGACACCUGUUUACAUCCUUUAGUAAAUAAAUGAAUUACUGGUAAAUUAUCUCGGUGCAUUUUGAUGUUUGAAUGAUUAAGGAAUUUUGUUCAGAUAAUGCUCAUUUAUUUGAAAUGUCACUAAGGCUCUGUUGAGAGCUUGUCCCUUAUACUGUAGUUAUUAUGUUUUCUGAGUUUUUUCUGAGUCAGAAUUUUUCUUUAUUAUAGUUCUUGAGAGCCACAUAAAGUAUAAUUUUAUGCAUUAAAAACUGGUAUGAUGUUCAGUGUUUGUAAUGAGGGUAGAAUGAGAUUCAUGUAUUUCAAUUCAGAUAAAUCCUUCAUUGUGUUUGGUAACAAACCAAAAAAAAAUCUAUUACUUUAAUUUCUCAAAGUUCCGUGCUGAUUUUUUUUCUAAAGUCACAGAAAAUUUAACAAUGUUCUUCAUUUUUCAAUGAUGUUAACAAUAUCAGGGGAAAACUAUUGUAGAAAUUAUAGAGUAAAACUAAAGUGAUUUAUAUGUAUUUUCAAAUUUUCAUCCACCUUCUUUCUGUAAAUUUGUGAUCCAUUUAUCAAUUGUAUCUUUACAUUUUUUCAAUUGGUUACUAGUACUUCAGGAACAUUUGAAAGUUACUGAAGAAAAACUUAAGAUAUCAUCAAGGAACAUCAAAUUCAAUUCUUGUAGAUUUCAUUAUAUUUUCAAAUGUGGCAAGAAAGGGUAAAACACAGAUAGAAAACUACAUGUAAUAUACAAUGUUUGCUUAAUAAGAAUUUGAGGAACUGUUUCAAUUGUAGAUAAUUUAAGUUUUAAAGUUACUGAGGAAAGGAUGGUUCAUUCAAAAUAUGACGAAAUGUACAGAUGUAGCCUUUUUUUUUUUGUUUUACUUUAAUUUUGUAAUCUAGCUAUUAACAAUCUGAAUAUAUAAUUUUCAAUUUUGUUUUAAUUUUUUUAUUGUAAAAGUUCUUGAUGAGCAUAAUCAACUAAUUUAUAUAUACCUUUUCUCUGUUAACAUGUAUGUUUUCUUGAUUGUUAUUACGUAUUAUAUAGUUUAAAAAA